GCGCAAUGUCAGUAUAGGGAGAGGUGUUUACGCAAUUCUGUACAAAACGUCAGCGUACAUGUGCCACACAGGAGGAAGCGCUGUCAAUGUUUUGUACAGAAUACUUUGUGGUUAUACAGUGACACUGUGUCAUUUAUGCGCGCUGAUCUAUGCUCAACGAACUGCUGGAUGACCUACAUGUGUGUCUGUAUAACGCUCGAUAUUUCAGACUUACAGAACUGGUAAUUUCGGUAUUACGCAGAUCGCCUCGUACUGUAACGACCCAUAGUCCCACAGGAGAAACAUUAAGGCGUGUUGUGCCCAUAGGAAAGCUGUAUUUCAUAGAGAACGGAAUAUACUGGGUACAGCUUUAUUCAUAAUGGCGGACACAUUUCUUGAGCUCGCCCCCUCGAAGAUUCGCUACACACAUGACUCAAUUUUAAGUACAUUCUAUAACCCCAACUCAUUCCCAAUGGGGCUGGACGACAAUAACACACGCUCAAUUAGAAUGACGCUCCAAGAUCUUAUUUACGGCAAAAUUGGGGUAGACGACAUUGAACCUAUGACUGUGUUUAGGUCUAACGGAUAUUACUGGAGCGUGAAUAAUCGUCGUCUGUGGGUGUUUAGGCAUUUCGAGCGUCUCGGGGGAUGUGCCAAGGUACGCGUUCGACUGAUCAGGCGAUAUAACGGGAAGGUAACAACAAGGACUGGUGGGAAAGAGAUCGAGGUGAGGGAUGGAGGCGUGAGCGGAUUUCCAGUUGAUCUGCCAGACAACAUUCUACAGUUUGACUCGACGGAUGGCUCUGUAACAGACCCUGUCACUCCAUUGGAGGCGACAUCUGACGGCCGUUCGCGCAGGAAAUUGACAGAGAAUCAAAUAGCAUUGCUUAACCAACAUUUUCAGUCGAGCAACGAAAAGGCAAUGUCACGAAUAUUUCAGAAUAUGAAAACAAAGGACAAAAAGAAUGAAAGAAAACGUUUUACCGGAAGUGAAGGAAAUCAUGCUGCUCAAGGGAGUAACCAGAAGAUAAAUAGGACGCUCUCACAGGAUAAGAAAAAGAAGGCCGAGAAGGAUGGAAGAAAACAUCCUACCGGAAGUGAAGAAAAUCAUACUGAUCAGGACAGCAGCCAGACUAAGACGCUCUCACAGAGAGAGAAAAGGAAGGCCAAAAAGAAUAAAAGACAUCCGACCGGAAGUGAAGGAAUUCAUACUGAUCAGGACAGCAGCCAGACUAAGGCGCUCUCACAGAAAGAGAAAAGAAAGGCGAAGAAGAAUAAAAGAAGACAUCCGACCGGAAGUGAAGGAAAUAAAACUGAUCAGGACAGAAGCCAGAAUAGAAAUCUUGAAGGCAAACUAACAGAUUGCCACAUUGCUCUAGAUGUACUUGAUGGUGACAAUAUGCUGGAUGGUGACAAUCUGCUGGAUGGAAACAAUGUGCUGGAUUAUCACGAUGUGCUAGAUAGUGAAAAUAUGCUAUCUUACGACAAUGUGCUAGAGGACAAUGACAAUGUGUUGGAUGGUGACGAUGUGCUAGACAAUGACUACGUGCUGGAUGAGGACAAUGUCUUAGAUAAUGACGAUAUGCUACAAAAUGAUGAUAUGCUAGAUGAUGACAAUGUGCUAGAUGGUGACAAUGUGCUGGAUAGUGACGAUGUGCUGGAUAAUGAAGAUGUGCUAAAUAGUGGCAAUGUGCUGGAUGAUGACAAUGUUCUGGAUGGUGACAUCAUGCUGGAUUAUGAUGUGCUGGAUUAUGACGACGUGCUGGGCGGUGAAGAUGGACUGGAUUAUUACGGUCUGCUGGAUUAUGACAAUGUGCUAGAUGAUGGUGUGCUAGAUGGUGACGAUGUGCUGGAUGACCUCUGGUAAUAAGACACAAUUUAGUGAUAUUUUAUUGUAACUGUUAAAUACGAUGUUUAAGAUCUAAAAAUCAUCAACAUUUCCUCUACAUAGUUACACAAUAUUCAGAAUGCUAGAAAGUCACUAACAAUUCCAACACAUGGUUAAUGCAAUAAAUUCAAAGGCCUCCGAUCCAAAAUACCGAUUUCUGGUUUAUUCGUUAUUCUUAGACGGUAAAAAGUCCUUUUAUUAGUUUGAAAGUCAUGUAUCCCAUGAUGACCCCUUGAGCACGUUACGCGUUGUAAGCAAGUCUUCAGCGUCAGCUCCGUGAUGGGCUCGGUUGUCGUCACGUGACGUUGAUCGACUACAGUAAUCAUCACGUUGCCAGGCGUUGUCAGGGAGAUAACUGCCGUUGUUUUCCGAUUUCAUUUUUGAUUGCCUGCCUUGUUUAGGGCUAGCGACAAUCUUUAGUGAGGGGUAAACUGACUUGCCAGAAAUUGACAUAGAGUAAGGUGAAGUGUCGUACUGAUGCUCAAGGCCAGGGUCAAGGCCAGGGUCAAGGCUGGGGAUGCCAGUAACCGCCAGGAUUCCGCCGAAUUUUGACAGCUAUACCGCCAUUUUUCGUCGUGAAUUUUUCUCUGUUGACUUUCUCUAUGCUGACAAUCUUGACUGGUACUGUGAUGCACCCAUCCAGACGUUCAAAUUCCUUGAACACCCACAGACGUCGAUUAUCAGCGCUCCAGUAAUUCCCGUAGCUCUGGAAGACUUUUAUAACAGGGAUAUCCUUCAUCACACAAAUGAUCCAGAGUAUGUCCAAUCAA